CAACACUACUAUAUAACAAAUAAUUUGAGGAAUGGGAAAGGUGACAGGAAAUACACCUCUGUGUGAUGCGGAUCCUGAGCUAUAUGGUCUGAUAAAACAGGAGAAGAGCCGUCAGCGGUCAUGUUUGGAGCUCAUUGCUAGUGAAAACUUCACUUCUAAAGCUGUGAUGGAUGCUGCGGGCUCAUGUCUGACGAACAAGUACAGCGAGGGACUACCAGGAGCACGGUACUACGGUGGAAAUGAGUACAUCGACCAAAUAGAGAGACUCUGUAUAAAGCGAGCACUGGAGGCGUUCUCCCUAGAUGAGAGGGAGUGGGGAGCUAAUGUACAACCCUACAGUGGCUCUCCUGCUAAUUUUGCUGUGUACACUGCCCUAUUGAAGCCUCACGAGAGAGUGAUGGGUCUGGACCUUCCAGACGGCGGUCACCUGACUCACGGGUACAUGACCGACAAGAAGAGAAUCUCUGCUACUAGCAUCUACUUUGAGAGUAUGCCUUAUAGCGUGAACAGAGAUACUGGCAUCAUAGACUAUGAUAAACUAGAGGACCAGGUGAGUUACUUCAGACCCCGCAUGCUAAUAGCUGGAGCCAGUGCUUACUCCAGAGAGAUUGACUACAAGCGAAUGAGGCAGAUAGCUGACUCUACUGGAGCCUGGCUGGUCGCUGAUAUGGCUCAUAUCGGAGGUCUAAUAUCGGCUGGAGUGAUAGGAUCUCCGUUCCCUUACUGUGAUGUAGUAACCACCACCACGCACAAAACACUGCGCGGCUCAAGGUCUGGUAUCAUAUUCUUCAGACGUGGUCUCAGAGAAGUUCCUGGCAAGGAGCCAGUCCCCUACAAGAUUGAGAACGAUCUUAAUUUCGCUGUAUUCCCUGCGCUUCAGGGAGGACCCCACAACCACAUCAUUGCAGCGGUGGCAACAGCUCUUAAAGAAGCUAAUACUGACGAGUUCAGGGAAUACCAGAGACAGGUUGUAGCGAACUCCAAGGCUCUGUGUGUAUUUCUACAAAACAAAGGCUACAAGGUGGUGUCUGACGGUACAGAUAACCACAUAGUUCUAGUUGAUCUCCGUCCCAGCGGUAUAGACGGUAACAGAGUCGAUCAAACACUGGACACUUGCAGUAUCACUGCUAAUAAGAACACUGUUCCUGGGGAUAAGAACGCAUUUAGACCGGGUGGAGUAAGAUUAGGAACUUCAGCUCUCACUACUCGCCAGUUUAAGGAGAGUGAAUUUGAAAUUGUAGCUCAACUCAUUCAUGAAGGUAUCGAAAUAGCAAAAUGUGUCCAAGAUAAGCAGGAGACUAAAUUGUUAAAGGAGUUCAAGGAGAUCCUUCUUAACGACAAAGAUAUUCUGGAGAAAACUGAAGCUCUAAAAAAGAAAGUUGUUAACUUUGCCUCUUCCUUCCCCAUGCCCGGACAUGACGACAUAUAAGACGGUUUUUUUGCAUGUUUUUUGUGCAAAGUUCUGAAAAUUUUCUAAUCUUUUAUAGUAAUUUAUGUUAAAUGAGUGUAUAAUUCUCAAUUUAUAAUCUACAUAUAAACUUAAUAACUUUAAAUGUUACUUUUAAUAACAAACUUUAUUUCUUAUUUAUCUCUCUAGCUUAUUAGUCGGUGGUUAUGUUAAAAAGUUUUAAAUGUUCAUGUAUUAUUUCCAUUAAACCUCAUAGAAUGUGAACACUAGAAAUUAACAUCUUAUCAAACAUAAAUACAUUAAUCAUACUGUCAUCCUGCUGCAUCAAUAUUAGUUUAUCAUUUGGGCAUAGCUUUCUUCUCUUUUAGGGCAUGAACCGAGACUGCCCAUUUUCAUGACAAUAAACGACAAAGUAUGACAAACUAUGAAAAUAUACGACAAGAUUUGACAAUAAAUUAUAAACGUUCUCUUUGGAGAGUACAUUCCACAACUUCUGUUCUGAUUUGGUAGAUAUUUGGGGCAAUUUCAUAGUUCUGUAUGAUUAAUUAAGUGUAGCAUAUUAAUUGUAUUUUAUAUGUCUAGUUCCUAUGACAAUGUAAUUUAUUAUUUGUGAUAAAAUAUUUAAAAUUUCUACUAUUAAAUCAUUA